AUGGAUCUUGUAGGUUUAUCAGAUCCAUACGUCAAAGUAUCAUUGAUGUCUGGUGAAAAAAGAUUGAAAAAAGUGAAAACAGCAGUGAGAGCUAAAACGUUGGAACCAACUUAUAAUGAAACAUUUUCAUUCGACAUAUCACCAUCACAAAUUACGGUUUACUUUCAAAAAGUUGGAAAAGUUGUUUUGGGACCUAAUGCGGUUGGAACAGGAUUAGAACAUUGGAAGAAUAUGUUAGCAGAAGAACCCGAACCAGUAACACAAUGGCAUCAACUUCAACCUAUGACUGAUAGAAGUUAA